UAUAUACAUAUAUAUGAAAAUAUAUUCAUUAUAAAUAAAUAAAUUAUAUAUUAUAUACUAAUUUUUAUAAUAGCUUUAAAUAGCAUGUUCCGACUACUCUACCGGUCAGAGGCGGACCUACUCAAACCAAUAGUGUGUCACAUGACACACCUUAAAUAUGAUAAAUAUUAAAUUGUAGGUAGAAACAUUGAAAAUUCUCUAGCGUUUUUGGUUUAAAUUGCACUUUGACACCCCUAAAAUUUGGGUUCAACUCCCUCUGACACCAAACAUUUUUCACAAUUUUUUAUUUGGUUACAUGUUUGACCCAGGUUAAAGUGAAUCCUGGGUCCGCCAUUGCUACCGGUCAUUCUAUUAGACAGUUUAACAAAAAUAUACCGUAUGCUGCUAAUGCUUUAUCAUCUGCUUUGCCAAUCAAGGUCCAGGUGUACGUUUAUAGGUCACCAAAAUUUACUAAUAUGUCUAUGAUGAAUUGCUCUUUUUUUUAAACAUCUAAAUUUGAAGGUAAAAUUGAUGGAAAUCGAUUGACAAAAAAUAGUCGUGUGGUUCGGUUUAGAGGCAAUUCCGUUGGUUCCCGCAUGGUUUUCAUUUGAUUUGAAAUUGAACCGUAAACCAAUGUGGUACUGAAUAAAAGAGAAUAAUUAUAAUUUAGCUUCUUCUCGUCGGAGUUCUCUCCCUCCGUCCAGACUCUGAACCUCUCUCUCUCUCUCUUCGAAGACUCUCGAUAAGAAACUGUUCAAUUGAUGGCAAAACCAAUCGGAGAAGAUGCAAUUAGCGAGAGCGUUGCUUCAAGAUCCUCUUCUUGUUCGCAGUGGAGCCAGUGGCAACUCCUCGAUUCAAUUUUACCAACCGGAGGCUUCGCUCAUUCGUUCGGUCUCGAAGCAGCUGUUCAGACACGGUUGGUUUCGUCUCCGACAGAUCUCGAAAUCCACAUCAUCCAUGUCUUGGACAACACAGCUAGCUUACUGCUUCCUUUUGUCUACUCUUCCCUCAAAUCUCCCGACAUAGAGACAUGGCAAAGACUCGAUCUUUUACUCGACGCUACCUUAACCAACCAAGUCUCUUCAAAGGCGUCGAUCUCCCAAGGAUCAGCCUUGUUCCGAAUCGCUGCUUCUGUUUUCACCGAGACCCCAUCUCUGAAGAUGAUCAGAGACGCCUCUUUGGGCUCCUCCAAGGAGUUGCGUUUCCACCACGCUCCGAUCUUCGGGCUUGUGUGUGGCCUUCUCGGGAUGGAUCCCGAGACUUCUCAGAGGGCGUACCUGUUUGUUACGCUGAGAGAUGUCGUCUCGGCUGCGACGAGGUUGAACUUAGUGGGACCCAUGGGUGCUUCGGUGAUGCAGCAUCGUAUUGCACUUGUGGCUGAAACGGUUUUAGAGAAGUGGAAGGAUCGUGAAGCUAGCGAAGCGUGUCAGACAUCUCCUUUGCUAGAUGUUGUGCAAGGUUGUCAUGGUUACUUGUUUUCUAGAUUGUUUUGCUCUUGAUGAAACACCCAUUGAUGUGACUUUUGUGUUCUUUAAGUUGUCUUAAGCAUGAGAAGGAUCAAAUUAUAUGGAACUAUACUUCUGAGACAAGAUGAGAUGUGUUUUUAAACAUUCGCAUGUAGAAUUGUUGUCUCAAGUAUUGUCUAGUGAUAUAUGUAUAUUGCAGUCCAUGUUAUUUUAGCCUAAAAA